CCUAAUCGCACAGUGAGGGGACGCCGGAAGACGCCCUGUGAUUGGUGCAGCCGCUUCUGGGGCUCGUUAGCAGUCAGCAGUGCGCAUGCGCACAGAGCAGGACGCGGACAGUCCUUUACCUAGGUAACGGGCUAUGUUUACAGAUCUGUGACCGGACAGCUCAGGCACUCAGGAGGUUACGGGGCUGCGGAGGACAAGGAGAUGCCGGUCAAAUUUAAGGGUUUAUCGGAGUAUGACACGAAUUUCAAGCCGAGAUCCUAUGAUGCAUCUCAAGCUCAGAGGUCUAGAUGGGCAGGCCUUCCUUCUGAUGAACUUGGUAUUACUAGAGAGCCCAACUUUCCUUCAAAACGAAGAGUUCAAUAUUAUAAUCCCCAGAUUGCAAAAAGCUUUCAGUGGGAAGAAAAUGAUGGCUUUGAUGCAGAAAGUUUAAACUUGGGUCAAGAAGAUAAAAAGCGAUCCAUGGUUGAAGAGAAAAUACACACGCCAGAUGCUCCAAGCUUGCAAAAAAAAUCAAGAUCUGAGUCAGCAGUACCUAGAGUAGUGCCUGACAAUGGCAGCUCUGCAGCUCCAGGCAUUCAGUUAGUUGAUGACAUUGCAACAGUGCCUAUACAGAAACCUGCAAAUGUAAGUGAACCCAAGAACAAAGAAGUGGAAAAAAGCAAAAGACCACCACCUGUGUCUGUUGAUGGUGUUCAACGAAAAGACACAAAUGGCAUUCACAGGGUUCUGCAGAAGAAGGCUGGCAUGAACGUAGCCCCUCUACAUCAUCCGCUCAAGUUAUCUGAGUACAGAAGGCAGUAUGAACGGAAGACUCCCGCAGAAAAUUCACCAUUGCUUGCGGCUGAACAGGUGGUACAUAAUAAGAACCAAGCAGUCCCUCCAUUUAAGACAACAAAAGUCUGUGCAGAUACUGAGUAUAAAAGCCAAUUUAAAGGGUCACCCCCUGCAAAAGGACCAAAACUACGGAAAAACUGGGAAGACAGACAUAUUUUACAAUAUGAUCAAGAACACCAUUCUCCUAAGAGGAAGGAUAAAAAGAAAGACAUUACUACAGUGGAAACUGGCUCUCCUUGCGUGGAUACAUCUCAGAAGGAACGUGAAGAAUUCGUUAAUAGAAAGAUUCUUAAAGAAAAAAUUGUUCAGCAGCUCAAAACUUCAAAGUAUUAUAGUAAAGUAAAAUCCGAGUAUUCUGCAAACUUUUUAUCACCUUCAGACUAUAAAUACAAAGAUGGUGCAUGGGUGAGGACAAAAUACCAAGAAAACGAUCAAGGUUCCUCUCUCAGUGUAGGCUCCAUGUGGGUUGCGGAGGUAAGAGAAUUACGAGAAAAAGCUGAGUACUAUAGACGUCGUGCACAGGGAACACACUUCUCCCGCGAGCACCUCAAUCAGAUAAUCUCUAAUAACAACAGACUGUGGGAGAUAUCUACAAACUCUAGCAGUGAGGAAGAUCUAAGCAGGAAUAUUAAAGCUCUAGAUCUGGCUGGAUUGCAGAAAUCUUCGAUGAAAGAAAAGUUCCAACGAUCACCAGCAAAAAUCAAAAUGCCAUCAGAUACUGGGAAUCUAGGGGUUUCAGAUUCUCCCACUCUACCAGUUAGAAGGAAAUUAGUCUGGGAUGAAUACGAUGAUGAAGAAGAUGCAGCACCAAUGGAAAACAUAGAACAUUUGCAGAUUGAGGAGAAACCUGAUGAGAAUGGAGAGGGAGACCAUGAAGACGAAAAAAACACAACAGAAAAGCCCUUUAAAAACAACAAUGGAAAAAGAAGUACACAGAAUGCAGUUGAUACAAAGCAUAGUCCUUUUGAAGAACAGUCUGAUGUUUCCUCAGUGUCAGUGAUUGAAGGAAGACUUCCUACUCCAAAACUAAAAACAUAUGGGCUAGCACAGAGGACUCACCAUGACCGAACGACUCCAACCAAAGGAGGUGCUCUUUUAGUGUCCCCAAGUAAACAGCAUGAUCAUUCAGAACUUAUGCAUCAAUCCAUAAAAAGAGAUUCUUCUCCCCCCAAGAAAUUACCCAAUGGUUUACAUGAAAGAAAGUCAAAUCAGGGUGAGGAGAAUCACUCUGUAAACUCUCCCCCUGUUGCUGGUCUGAUGACUUUUGAUCCAUUGCCAAUACGAGAGGAUCCAUGGCCAAGUCCACGUAUUUCCAGCAAUACUUCUCCAGCAGCUAUAUAUUAUCCAGUCAACAAGCCUGUGGAGAAAGCUCUUGAGCACACAUCUCAACAGUGGAAUCCAUCAUGUCGAAUACACGGAUCAUUACGAGAUCCUGAGUUUCAACACAAUGGAAAAUUUAACAGUUACAACUUUUACAAUGCAGCACCUUAUGAGGACAAUAGCAUUGAAGAUGACCGGCUAUCGCAAAUAUCUGCUAGGUCAGCAGCUUCAAGUUCCCUUGCAUCUCAAGUCUUAGAGCGUGCCCAGAAAAGAAAGGAGUAUUUUUGGGGAAAGAAGUGACUGAGGAAGUCAGCUGCGAAAAGUUGUUCAUAUUUUUUUCUAACAGCAGUCAUUACAUAUUUUAAAAAAAAAUUCUGUAUUUUAAUACUGAAAAUUAGAUUUUUGUUUCAGUAUAUAUUUUUACAUUGCUCUUUAUAGUCCUGAACUGAAAUUAUGACCGCAGAGAUGCUUUGAUUCUCCUGCAAUUAACUUUUGAAGUUUUUUGUACAAGAGCAAUAUAUUUUACAUGGCAGCACCUGAGAGUGGUGGAGUACACCCUACCUGCUUUCAUAUGUUGGGAGUAUGUAAUAAACUCAGCAUAAUUCUUUAAAGGAGUGGAGAGAGGUGCUCAGUUAAGGGCUCCACAUUUCUCUAUUCACUUCAGGUCCACAGUGGCUGCAGGGAGCUCCAAUUUUACCACACAUGAUACAUAGUACCAACUACUGUUUUGCAUCUCACAGAUGUAAUGUACUACAGGGUACAUCUUAGACAAUCCAUAGGGCAGGGGUCUCAAACUCCCAGCCCGCAGAACAAAAUUUUGUGGCCCAGGCGCCGGGCAGGUGAUUUCUUCAGGAAUUGAGCCCUGCUUCGGGCAAGCAGCGCUAAAUGCUGGAAGACUUCACACACGUUGGCACACACUGCUACUGUACCUAUAUCUUUCUGCUGCAGCCUAUAACGAGCCUUUCUGGAGGGAUGCGCGCAAUUGGUGACAUCAUUGCAUCCGCAGCGCCAGACGCUGGGACGCUGACGUCCUGCGCAGCGCAUGUGAUGAUGUCACCUAACGCUCGCAUCCCCGAAAACAAGGCUCGUUUUGGGCUGCAGCAGGGAGAUGUAAGUACUGUAGCUGUGAAACUUAACUUAACUUGCCUAAUUACUUGCCUAAUAAGGGAGGACCUGCUUAUCACCAGGGGCUAUCCUAUCUUCUUAGGGGGCAUAAUUGUUUAAAUAGGAGCCCUACCUGCCGGGGGUAAAAUCUAUCUGGGGGCCUGUACACCUAUUGGGAACCCCUACCUGAUCAUCAGGUAAGGCUCCCCAGUAGGUAGACAGGCCCCCAGAUAGAUAUUACUCCCAUCAGUGAUGGUGAUCAUAUCUAUCUGUGGCCUCUAUACCUACUUGGGAGCCGUACCAGAUGGGGGUCAUAUCUAUCUGGGGGCCUGUGUACCUACUGGGGAGCCCUACCUUAUGGGGCCAUAUCUAUCUGUGGGCAUGAUGGGGGCAUUAUAUGUGAGGGGAACAUGAGGGGGGUAUUAUAUGUGAGGGGCGCAUGAUGGGGGCAUUAUAUGUGAGGGGUGCAUGAUGGGGGCAUCAUAUGUGAGGGGCGCAUGCGGCUCAGCCUCUACCUCCAGUGGCCCCCAGAUAAUUUGAGUUUGAGAACCCUGCCAUAGGGGGGGGUCAAACGUCACUGAUAAAGUAGUUUCCUAGACAAAAAAGGGUUUGCACAACUCUUUUUGUUAUUGUAAAAGCCAGUUGCCACUGGUGGUCUGAAAAGCUGUCCGGUUCUCAUUUGUGUACAAACAAUGCAAUACCCCUAGACAUGAAUGAGUCUACUAUCCCAUUGCUAUAAAUGUCUCCCAAAUGAACUAUGCCCCUAGACAGGAAGGAGUUUAAUAUACCAUUGGUAUAAAUGAUCCGCAAACAAACAAUCCCCCUACACAUGAAGGAGUCUAACCCCUUAAAGACACAGCCCAUUCUGGCCUUAAGAUCAGCAAAGGAAAAAAUGUGUAUAGAUGUCCUGGUUGGCACCUUCCCCAAGUGGAAUAAGAUCAAGUUUAGCCAAAGUUAAAAAUAAAAUGGCUUUUAUUCAAUAAAAUGCAACUUCAUUGUUUUGAACCCGAGCCGGGUUCUUCGUCAGGCAAUAAAUAGUUCAAGGCGGGAAACCCGCCAUCUUAAGUAUACAUGCACUUAGUUACAACCGGGUCAUAAGAUCUAAAGACAUGUAAAUUAGCAUAUGGUAAAGAAUUGUGACAAUCAGCUAAAACAAAUGAGAAAUAAUAAUAAUGAUAACCAUAGCAUGCAUGAAUAGCACGAGCAACAUGGCAUAACCUUUUGGAUAUAUAUUGCCAAUGACCUUAAAACUAUCAUUUACGUUUCGCCAUAGAUUUUUGGGUAAAAUGACUGAUGUCACUACAAAGUAGAAUUGGUGGUGCAAAAAAUAAGCCAUCAUAUGAAUUUUUAGGUGCAAAAUUUAAAGAGUUAUGAUUUUUUAAAGGUAAGGAGGAAAAAAUGAAAGUGCAAAAACUGAAAAACCCCUGGACCUUAAGGGGUAAAGGGGCUAAUACCAUUGGUAUAAA